UUCAAAAUGGAUAUUAAACCGCAUUUGAAUUUAUUGCAAUCCGAUUUGACGGUUGGCAAUACAAUGUCAAUGGACAAAUAUAUUAAAAGCGAAAUUACUUUUGAGGAAGAACAAAUAACAGAGACUUCUUUCAUGGAUCUUCCAAUGGAACAGAUUUGUCAAGUGGAAUUCGAGACAGUUUUGGACUCCAGCGAGGCUUGUAGAAGUCUCAAUAAUAACGUCGGUGAAAUGUGCGCACUACAAAAAGAUCCUGAACCAUAUCAAUAUAUUGAUUUGGAAUUUUCGGAUGCUUUAAAUGAUCAUAACUAUACAUCUCAAGAAGCGCUCUUAGCACAACCUAGUUUGGAUAGUGUUAAAGAUGUACUUCGGAGUUACAUGAUAACCAAUAGAUCAACUGUUGAAACAGUCCCAGAAAAUGUUAACACCUUUAUAGAAAAUACAAUUGAUAAAAUUAAGCAGUUUCAAUUGAAGAAAUCAGAUAAAAAUGCUGUUGAAAAAUCUAUUGAGAGUCUCACUCAGAGUAACAAUGCGACUCUUUCAGAAAACUGUUCAGAGCCUUUGGAAGUUGAGGGUAAUGAUGAAUAUUUUGAAAGCCUUUAUGAACACAUGACUGAAAAUGAAAGUGUGGCAAAUAACGUGUUUAAGAAUACAAUUGAUUUCGUAAAGGAUUUUUAUAAUGAAUGCAAAUCAAUGUCAUCCAAAACGGAAGAGGAUUUCAAAGAUUAUAUAUUUGUAAAAAUUAAAAAACUUAUGAUAGCUGCCAAUAUUAUAAAAACAACUGAUCAAUCUACUCAAACGUUUUCGAAAGGUUUGGUAAAGAGAAGACUUCGAAUUAAUCAUAACGCAAAAAAGUAUCUAUUAGAUACAUCUGCUACUUCAACUACAGAGAGUGAGUGUGGUAGUUUGGAUGAUCUUAAGGAAAACGAAUGUGCAAAAGAUCGAAACUUUUUGGCUAAGACUUUUGAAUACAGCGACGGUAUUGAUCUUAGAAAAUAUAUUAAUUUAGAUUUCAACAAAAGUAGUUUUUGGCAAUCUUGUGAUUUUGAUAAUGAUAACUCAAAUUCAUGUUCAUCAAAUGGUACGGAUAAAGAAAUAGAAAGGCUUACCAAUUUAAAUGGACUUAAAAAGCGACAUGUGCAAAACAGGGGAGCCAAAUCGAAUGAUAAAAUCAAUCAAAAACUUGUAGCUAGUAAAAAUGCAACUCGGCCUACUGAACUGGAUGAUGAUUUGGAGAUGUAUGAUACUGAACACAGUUUCAAACAAAGUGAAGAUGAGGUUAUAACGGAGAACCAAUACCUUAUACGAUUUAAUGAGCAAGUCAAACAACAAUUAUUAAAUGAGUCAAACAGUGAUGAUUCUGGUCUUUCGGAUCAAAGCGAAUACAAUCUAUCGAAAGAAUCGUCUACUGAAGAUGAAAAUACUACGGAUGUAGUAGACAAAUUUCUGCAAGUUUUUGAAUGUGAACCAGAUAUUAUGAAUAGGGACGAAAAAAUUAUCGAAACUAAAGAAAUUAACGUUGAAUCUGAGAAGAAAGAGACUGAUAGUUCUGAAGUUUGUGAUGAACUAUGGAAUGAUAACUUUAUUCACAAAAAUAAGCCCAAAAAAUCAUUGGAGAAACUAUUAUCUGAAGCGGAAAAACGUAAUCAAAAUGAGGAAAUCGUGCUGAGUUCAGAGAGUGAUUAUUCUGAUGCUGAGCCAGAACCGGCUGAAGAAAAGACGAGACUUAUUAAGCCAAUGCUUCGCAUGGAUCAGUUGGCCAAUGAAACAAGAGCUGCUCAAAAAUCAGAGAGUGAGAGAAUACGAAGAUUGGAAAAAAAACAUGUUAUGCUAUCGAAGGCAAUAAAAAAUAAAUUAGGAAAUUCAAAAAAAGGUGAUUUAAUACUGGAUUACAUGGAAAACACAAAAACUUUUAUCAAGGUCGAUGAUGACAUCGUGAAACAAUUAAAACCGCAUCAAAUCGAUGGAGUUAAGUUCAUGUAUGAUUCAUGUUAUGGAGGAAUUGAUCACUCUAAAAAAAACUCUGGCUCGGGAUGCAUUUUGGCUCAUUGCAUGGGCUUGGGAAAAACAUUACAGUUAAUAGCAUUACUGCAUACCGUUAUAUCAUACAAGGAACUAAAUACAACAAAAGUCUUAGUUCUCUGUCCAAAGAGUACGGUUAUGAAUUGGGCUGAUGAAAUGCAACGCUGGUUGGGGCCCCUGAAAAGUAGUACUCAUAUAAAAGUUUUCGUUUUUCCGGAUUCAUCGUAAGUUUUAA